AUGGCAGCUAAUUCUGUAGGGAAAAUGAGUGAAAAGUUAAGAAUCAAGGUGGACGAUGUUAAAAUCAACCCCAAGUAUGUUUUAUACGGUGUUAGUACACCAAACAAGCGCCUUUACAAAAGGUAUUCCGAGUUUUGGAAACUGAAGACACGAUUGGAGAGAGAUGUAGGAAGCACCAUCCCAUAUGACUUCCCUGAAAAGCCCGGUGUAUUGGACAGGAGGUGGCAAAGAAGAUAUGAUGAUCCGGAAAUGAUCGAUGAAAGACGGAUCGGACUAGAGAGGUUCCUCAAUGAAUUGUAUAACGAUCGUUUUGAUUCUCGAUGGAGAGACACAAAAAUAGCGCAAGACUUCCUGCAGUUGUCAAAGCCAAAUGUUUCUCAAGAAAAGUCACAGCAGCAUCUAGAAACUGCUGACGAAGUGGGAUGGGAUGAGAUGAUAAGAGAUAUUAAAUUGGAUUUAGAUAAGGAGAGUGAUGGCACACCCAGCGUGCGUGGAGCACUAAGGGCACGUACGAAGCUCCACAAGUUACGAGAGCGACUAGAACAGGAUGUGCAAAAGAAGUCUCUUCCAAGCACGGAAGUGACUCGUCGCGCCGCUCUAUUGAGGUCCUUGCUCAAGGAAUGCGAUGACAUUGGUACAGCAAACAUAGCUCAGGACCGUGGACGACUUCUGGGGGUUGCCACCAGUGACAACUCUUCAACCACGGAAGUUCAAGGAAGAACGAAUAACGAUUUGCAACAGGGGCAGAUGCAAAUGGUGCGCGAUCAAGAACAAGAGUUGGUUGCACUGCACCGAAUUAUCCAGGCACAACGUGGAUUGGCCUUAGAGAUGAACGAGGAGCUGCAAACACAGAAUGAGCUACUUACAGCACUUGAAGAUGACGUCGAUAACACUGGUAGGAGGUUACAGAUAGCCAACAAGAAGGCUAGACAUUUUAACAACAGUGCUUGA